AUGGACGUCGUGGAGAACUCGGAUUUCUUAGUUGAUCUAGACUUUCCCGACAACGGUUACGAGCGCGGGUUCUGGAGCUCACCGGUCAACGAUAUCCUGUAUCAGAUGAAAGGACUCUUCAAGGCUUUCCCAAGUGAUCAGUGGUUCACUUACAUCGCGAAACUUCUUACGCUCCUGGACCACGAAUGCGCAAACGAACAGGCGUACGAUCGCCUGGAAGAUCUCACCAAACAGCACACAUCCUUGGUAUCCUUCCACCGACUAUUAGUUGAAGAUUUCGUCCCGGGUCUUGUCAAGACUUUCUCACCGGACCUAGCGAAAGCGUAUCCAUGGCAUGCUGUGACUGGUGAUUUGGCGGAACAGUUUAUUGGCUUUUCGUGUCAGCGCGAGCGCGAAGUUGACAAGGGUGGGCACAAGGAUGAGAAAGAGCAGCGGCAGUAUGCUGCUUCCUUCAUCGACGCGGAACUUGCGACACGCGACGGCAAGGCCUUUGUUGAGAAGCAGUCGCGUGAAGAUCAGGACAGCCUCAUUGCACUUCUCGAGGGUCUUGCCAUCAAUCCUGCUCGCGCGGAUGCAGCUGCUCUCGCGCGCGACUCUGACCUUUAUGAUCUUGCAGAUGGAUUUGCAGACACGAUAUACACCUCCACCCUCCUCUCAACCAUCUCCAACAUCCUUGGCCCUGAAGUAACACAAGUCUACAUGACCGAUAUCAUCUACGCGCUCAGAUACCCCGAUGUCUGCGGGAAUCGCGCCGACGAAUUCAUGCACCAUCUGCGCUCCUUCCCAGCAGCCACAAUCAUACACAACGAGAUCGCGCGCAUCACACACGACCCCGAUUCUGAUCUGAAUCUGCCCAGGGUCGAUGCAGAUGAUGCAUGUUUGAGACACAGCCUCUAUAUGGUGUUGGGGUUCGCUGAUCAGAGGACGUGGCAGAGUCGUAUGUGGGAGCAGAUGCGGAUGCAGCAAAUGGCGCAGGUGUGGCCUGCGCAGCAGAACAGAAUGGUCAUCAUGGAGGAGAUCUAUGGGGAUGAGAGGUACGAGAUGUUUAGGGAAUUUGACGAGUCUGGAUAUGACGAAGCGGACCUAAUACGAGACGCUGAAGUCGUCUAUGAAGUUUGA